AUGCGGGCUCUUGCAUAUUUUAGGAAGGGUGAUGUUAGGUUUACUGAGGCCCUGGAAGAGCCCAAGAUAGUGGCACCGGAUGAAUUGAUCGUCGACAUCGCUUGGUGCGGAAUUUGCGGUACAGAUUUGCACGAAUAUCUAGAUGAUCCUAUCUUUUUCCCCAAAGAUGGAGAAACUAAUCAGAUAAGUGGACUAGGUCUUCCACAGGCCCUUGGCCAUGAAAUUUCCGGCGUCGUAAGCAAAGUAGGCCCCGGUGUUCAAAGCUUGCGGGUCGGAGACCAUGUUGUGGUCGAGCCGACGGGAACUUGUAGAGACAGGUAUAGAUGGUCAACCGCAGCGCAUCCUAACAAGGAGAUUUGCGCAGCCUGCAAAAAAGGUUUAUACAACGUCUGCUCGCACUUGGGUCUUUGCGGGGCUGGUGUUCAAAGCGGUGGCUGCGCUGAAAGAAUGGUAAUUAACGAGUCUCAUUGCUUUAAAAUUCCCGAUGACUUUCCAUUGGAUGUUGCCGCUUUGAUACAACCCAUAGCUGUCUGCUGGCACGCCCUGAAGGUCUGUGAUUUUAAGAGAGGAUCUUCGGUGUUAAUUAUUGGCGGGGGACCAAUUGGCCUGGGUACAAUUCUGGCUUUGAACGGUUUUGGUUGCACCGAAAUUGUCGUUUCUGAACCUGCCCUGAUCAGAAGAGAAUUGGCUGAAAAAAUGGGCGCCAUUACGUACGAUCCCUCGCUCAGACCUCACGACGAAUCGAUUGAAUACCUGCGCUCCAUUGCUCCUGGAGGUGACGGUUUUGACUACACUUUCGACUGUUCUGGUUUGCCAGUCACUCUGAAGGCGGCAAUCCGCUGCCUCACCUACAGGGGCACAGCUGUGAACGUUGCCAUGUGGGGAGACCACCCCGUGAGCUUCUUGCCGAUGGAUGUUACUAAGCAAGAGAAGAGGUACAUGGGAUCCAUGUGCUACACAGCGGACGAUUUUUUGGAAGUAAUCGACGCCUUCGCGGAAAAGAAGAUAGACGCAGAAAAGGCAAGCCAUAUGAUAACAGAUAAAAUCCCACUGGAGAUUGGUGUCGAAAAGGGUAUCAAAAAAUUGAUCACUCACAAGGAUCAAACCAUAAAAGUUCUUAUGACCCCUAACAACAGCGGCGAAUUGUGCUAG